CGCAAUGGCCGCGGCCGCCGCUCGUUAAGCCCCCCCCGGUUCGCUCUUCACUUCUUAAGCCGGGUCGUCGUUUCAGCCCCCCCCUUCGCCGCCUCCCUUCUCCAAACCCGUGGCUUCCGCCGCCCCCCCGCCGCCGCCGCCGCCGCCGCCAUGCAGCCGCCACCGGGAGCUCCCCGGUGUUAAGGAUUUGGGUGUGUGAAGUCGCCGUGAUUAAGUGUUGCAGCAGCCAGCGAGGACAGCCACCAGGCAGCGGGUCACCCGCGGGCCCCAUGCCCUGCUCGGCCCGCACCUGAGAGCCCACCCCUGCACCAGAGACCCCCACCAUGGCCAGCAACAGCAGCUCCUGCCCUACGCCUGGAGGGGGGCACCUCAAUGGCUACCCUGUGCCUCCCUACGCCUUCUUCUUCCCCCACAUGCUGGGGGGGCUCUCACCACCCAGCACCCUGGCUGGCAUCCAGCACCAGCUGCCCGUCAGUGGAUACAGCACCCCCUCACCUGCCACCGUGGAGACGCAGAGCACCAGCUCGGAGGAGAUUGUGCCCAGCCCGCCCUCGCCCCCGCCCCUGCCCCGCAUCUACAAGCCCUGCUUUGUCUGCCAGGACAAGUCCUCGGGGUAUCACUAUGGGGUGAGCGCCUGUGAGGGCUGCAAGGGCUUCUUCCGCCGCAGCAUCCAGAAGAACAUGGUGUACACGUGUCACCGGGACAAGAACUGCAUCAUCAACAAGGUGACGCGCAACCGGUGCCAGUACUGCCGCCUGCAGAAGUGCUUCGAAGUUGGCAUGUCCAAGGAGUCCGUCCGCAAUGACCGGAACAAGAAGAAGAAGGAUGUGCCCAAGCCGGAGUGCUCGGAGAGCUACAUCAUCACGCCAGAGGUGGAGGAGCUCAUUGAGAAGGUGCGCAAAGCCCACCAGGAGACCUUCCCUGCCCUCUGCCAGCUCGGCAAAUACACUACGAACAACAGCUCGGAGCAGCGGGUCUCCCUGGACAUCGACCUGUGGGACAAAUUCAGUGAGUUGUCCACCAAGUGCAUCAUCAAGACGGUGGAGUUUGCCAAGCAGCUCCCCGGCUUCACCACGCUCACCAUCGCCGACCAGAUCACCCUCCUCAAAGCCGCCUGCCUCGACAUCCUGAUCCUGCGGAUCUGCACGCGCUACACGCCGGAGCAGGACACCAUGACCUUCUCGGACGGGCUGACCCUGAACCGCACCCAGAUGCACAACGCGGGGUUCGGGCCCCUCACCGACCUGGUCUUCGCCUUUGCCAACCAGCUGCUGCCGCUGGAGAUGGACGACGCCGAGACGGGGCUGCUCAGUGCCAUCUGCCUCAUCUGCGGAGACCGCCAGGACCUGGAGCAGCCUGACAAAGUGGACAAGCUGCAGGAGCCACUGCUUGAGGCACUGAAGAUCUAUGUGAGGAAGAGGAGGCCCAACAAGCCCCACAUGUUCCCCAAGAUGCUCAUGAAGAUCACAGAUCUCCGCAGCAUCAGCGCCAAGGGCGCCGAGCGGGUGAUCACGCUGAAGAUGGAGAUUCCAGGAUCAAUGCCACCCCUCAUCCAGGAGAUGCUGGAGAACUCGGAGGGCAUGGACACGCUGGGGGGGCAGCCGGGUGGCCCCCGCGCGGGCAGCCUGGGCCCCCCCCCGGGCAGCUGCAGCCCCAGCCUUUCCCCCAGCUCCAACCGCAGCAGCCCAGCCACGCACUCGCCGUGACCCGCGCCCGGCGCGCACCAGGACACAGCCCGGCACGCCGGGACGUCAGGGGGUCCCUGCGCCUCGGCCCUGGCUGCAGCCCCCCCGGGGCGG